GAUGCCAUUUUGGUGGCCAAAUGGAGAUAAUCUAGGUUACAAAAUUGGUACAAUUCCCUGUUUGUAUAUUGUAACUCAACAGCAUAGUGCCCAAGCGGUGCUGCUAAAAAUCCAAGAGUUGAGUUGUGAGCCGAGGAAACGUAUUUGAGAAAGAAUUGGCCGAGUCAGGUCAAGGCGCACCAAACGAUUUGGUUUAGCAGUCACACUGGCAAAAGCGAAUGGGUAUCUCCGCUUGGGUCAGUGUCCGGGAGUACCUGAUCCGCGUUGACAUGGGCGAGCAGUUACCGCCUCGGCGAAAACCUCGCAAUGACUUGCUGCGAAACUAUUAUGGUAUUGGAGGCAAAGCAUCUGGAAAAGGUAACGAUACCUCGGACAUUGAUGGACCCAACUUCGAUAGUGCCAAAUAUCAAAACAAGCUGCUGAAAGAGAGCAAGCUAGACUUAUUGAUUAGUAGAGACAAUGAGCUGGUGACAGAGAUUAGAGAGCUCGAUGGCGAUAUGAAAACAUUGGUAUACGAAAAUUAUAGUAAAUUUAUAAGUGCAACCGAUACAAUUAGAAAGAUGAAGAGCAAUGUAGAGGACAUGGAGACCGAAAUGGAUCGCCUGCGAGACCAUAUGAGCAAAGUGACGGCCCACAGUUCAACAAUAGAUAAAGAAUUGGCUCCUAGACGUGAUAAAAUUCGACAAUUGGACGGUGUACACAACCUUCUCAAGAAACUGCAGUUUAUAUUCGAAUUGCCUAAUAGAUUGCAACAAUGCUAUAAUUCGGGGGCAUAUCCUCAGGCCGUCCGCUACUGGGCUCGAACCACUCACUUAUUCGACCACUACCAACAAUUGACUGUAUUCCACAAUAUUGAAAAUGAAUGCAAAGACAUCAUGAAGCGUGUUCGACAAAAACUCAAAGAUGCUAUGCAUGCCUCAAAUGCGUCAAUACAAAUCAUAACGGAGAACACUUCGAUGCUAAUUCAACUGAAAGAGGACCCCACAUCACUGAGCAAAGAAUACAUUGCACUACAAUCAGCAAAGUUGGAAGAUUUGAAAGGAAAGCAUCUGGUGACGCUACAGAACGAGAGACAUAAUGAUGACAGCAUGAGAAGCUUUAAUGAAGAAUAUCUUGCUGAUCUAAACAUUGUCGUGGCGUCCUAUCAGCGUUUCUUUAUGUCAGACGGUCAACCCCCGGAGAUCAGUGCACUUGGAAUGUCUACAUCGAACACCAGCCGAAGAAGUUUAGGAUCAGCAUCACAAAAAGGAUCAAUAUCGAAUCAAGAGGCGCAUUCAAGCGCUCACCUGAGCGAAUCGGAGAGAGAGGAAGCUAACAGUCUAUUGAUACUGGCAUUUUCACCGCUUCUUGACGAAUACUUGGAGACUGUCAAAUAUGCCAUUCGAAUACCAUCUGAUCCACUCGGAUUGCCUCGCCCACUGCCACAGAUCCAAAUAUUGAAUGACGCGUAUUCUGCGAUCGUUCAUGAUAGCAGUGCCUUAUGUGAAGUUUUGUUGGCUGAGCAGAGGAUACUUGAUAUUGUGAAAGAUUGGGAGAGCGAACUGCUGACUUCAUUGAUGCACGAUGCUGCAGCGGGAUUAGAAGAGCGCUUCAAAGUAUUUUCAGAAAAAGUGGUUGCAUCUCAGCAAACAAGUGCCAAUGUAGACCCAGGAAUUUUGACCACGUUCGUCAUAGACACUGAAGAAUGGUUGGCUAAUUUUAUGGGCAUGGAUUCUCUUCAGUUGUUGGCCGAAUGCUUACAAUCUGGAGCGUCGUUUGUCUCGGGAAAGCCAAGGAAGGAUAUGUUCUUGAAGCAGAUACAGUCUGGUUUACUCAAACACUGGCGAUUAGUGGUGGAUAGUAUCAAGGAUCAUAUGACCAACGUUGAAUCAAAAUCGUUAGUGCACCAAACUGUUUCUUUGGUGGCUUCCAGGCUCUGCCUAGACUUUGCCGAAAUUUGGGUUAUCAAAACAUAUGCACAAUUCUCGAAAGAGCUAUACCCCGUGUCCCGACGUUCCUCCAACCCAUAUCGACAAGAAGAUGAUCGGGACCUCAUUGUCCCUCUGCUUGAGCCGGACGUUCAGGAGAGCACAGACCUAUACCGCGAGGCUGGCCAGUUAUGUUUGAUAUCGUACGCUCGAACCAUAGGAUACAUGUUUACUGAUAAGAUUGAAGGAUUCCUUCGUGAUAAGCAGUGGUUAAUGCUGAAGGAAAAGGACUGGAUCCCUAGUUCAGUUUCAUCAGUAUGGACGGAAAUCGCAAGUGAAUUGGAAAUUGUUGAAAGAAUGGUCGACAUUGUGUAUCCGAUAGACAGUGAAAAUGCCGAUAGAAGUGCUGAAUCUGAAUAUAGUGUACCGCGAACAAACCGUCUUGGAUCACAAUCGCCGAGUGAAAUUGGUCUUUCACCUACAAACCAAAGAUUAGGCAUCACAUCCCCCAGCAUGACUAGUCUCUCAUCUUUCACCUCGGCUGCUAAUAACGAUUCACAAGCUACCAACGCCAUGCCUAGAACCUAUGGAAACGAUCUUCUGAGCAAUAUCAGUAAAUUGUUUCAAGAACGCAUUGAGAUUUAUGGCCACAUUGAUCCUUCAGCAUUAGAUGUUUGCGGCGCACUUGUGAAAGUCAUAUUGAAAGCCUACAAUGAAAUACUUCGUGAGGUGACUUUAAACAAAUAUGCUUUCUGGCAACUUCAAGUUGAUGUGGAGUACCUUCGGAUUGUUCUUUGGAAGUUUGCUCGCAAUGAAAAGCUUCUAAACUCAAUGUUGGAAGAAAUUUGUGCCAGUGCUUAUCGUCGAUGCACUCAGCCAAUAUCGCUGGAUUCCUCGAUUUCAGAUCAAAUUCUCGGUGCUUAUGAACAGUGAUAAUGUUAGCUCCUGAAAAAGUUGCGCUAGGCAAAUCACAAAAAUAAAAAAAAUUGUUACCAACUGCUCCCUCAAUUGGACUAUUUUUAGCUUUGA